UACCUGACUUCUCAUUCCAGUAUCUUGAUUUUUUCCUAGGGCAAAAUCUUUUUCCCUGAAAGACUGGAAAUAUUAUCCAUGUUGUCUUCCUGAAUAUUUUCAAUGACUUGUGCCCUGCCAGCUCUAGCUUUUCAAGGGUCUACACUCAUCCUCAACAGAUUCUGGGGGUUCAUGUGCAGAUUUCUUACCUGGGUGUAUUGUGUGAUGCUGAGGUUUGGAGUUCAACUGAUUUCAUCACCCAGGGAAUUGUGCCGCGCUGACCCUCAAGACAGCAGUUCUCGCCCAGACACAUUCAUUCUCCACCUUCUUCCCUGGAGCAACCAGGCCAGGAAGCCAGCCCACUAUCCAGAGGAACCAGCCCAGGAAGCCAGCCCACUAUCCAGAGGAACCAGCCCAGGAAGCCAGCCCACUAUCCAGAGGAACCAGCCCAGGAAGCCAGCCCAUUGUCCGGAGGAAGCAGCCCAGGAAGCCAGUCCACCGUCCGGAGGAAGCAGCCCAGGAAGCCAGCCCAUCGUCCGGAGGAAGCCAGCCCUCCAGGAAGCCAGGAAGCCAGCCCAUGCCAGGAAGCAGCCCAGGAAGCAGCCCAGCCCAUCCUGCCAAAUAUUAGCCCUCCAGGCCUUCCCAGGAUCCAGGCCUCAAUGUCAGCUUCAUCUAUCCAAGCUGCUAAGAGAAGAGGUGAAAUUUCAUGGCUUAAUAAGCCACAGGCCUUGUCCUUGA